GUUAAAAAAAAAAAAAAAAUUAAUUUAAAACAACUGUAUUUUUUAUCAACAGAGUUUAAACUUGAGUGUUGUGUGUGUUUUCGAUAGAGAGGAUACUUUAGUGCCUGGUGUUGACAAAGUGUGGCGUUAGUGAGAAACAAUCGGGCUAGAGGAACUGAAAAGAGUUUCAAGAUUAAAGACUAAAGACCAAAAAGAAGAAAAAGAAAGAAAAUAGUUUGGAUAACACCAAAAAAAUAAAUAAGAAUAAAAAAAAAAUAAAGUUUUUUUUGGCAAGUGAAUUCUGGCUGUUAUUCAACAAACAAUUUUCCUCUAAACUUUGAGUGCUCGUGUUUUUUCGCAUCCAACUUUCCGAUUCCAGUGCCAAGUUCCGAAAUAUUUUUGGGAAAAAUAAUAAUAAAAAAAGAUAAUUAUAAAUAAAAAAUUAAAGGAAAAAAAAGUAUUUAAGCGAAUACGAUAAAAUAAUUUGCUAAUCUCUUUUCGAUUCUCGUUAAUCCUUGAUUCUUUAAAGUUACUGGCGUAUCCCCACUACCACUACCAGGCAUAAAGGGAGAGAGAAACAGGGUAAUAGGGGAAAUAGGGGAAAUAGGGGAAGAGUCAUCUUGUUACACCGGUGUGGCGGUCUGGCAGUGCGGCAGUUGAAACCAACAGAGUGUGCCAGUGCCAGUGCCAGUGCCAGUGCGCGAUUAAUCGUCAACGAAUAACGAUGCUUGACUCUCUUUCGAGCUUUAAUGUCAUUUUAAUCAGUGAUAAACAAAAUAUAAAUACUAUUGGAUAAAUUAUUACUAUAAUACUGAUACUAAUUAUUAUUACUAUUUUUGUGGUUGUUGUUGUUGUUGUUGUUAUAAUUAUAAUGCAUUUUAGCUGUGAAUUUAAGUGGCAACAAGUGUUUAAUUAGUCAGUAACUUUGUUUAUUUAACAUUUUUAAAAAUACGGGUAAUUUUUAACAACCACUUGAAUUAUCAAAAAGGAGCUGGAAUAAAGAAAUAAAUAAAUAAAAUUUAUUGAGGAACAUAUUGAUAUUGUUUAUGGGCAUGGAUUAAUGGAAUACGUCAAGUCAACAAAGUGUUAAUGUGUUGAGUUGUGUUUAAUUUAAAAUAUUCACAAGUAAACGGUGGCCUAAAAGUGAAUAAAAAAAAAUAAAUAAUAAAAGUGCAGCUGAUUUGUAUAUUUUGUUUGGAAGAGUUUGGAUAUAAUAUCAGUUGGCCCUUAUGGCUGUGCAUAGAAUAAUUAAAAAAAUUACCUCAAGUAGGUAACAGCAAGUUGUUGACGACGUGAUUGUUAGUAUCGUAAAGAUCGUAAACAUCGGAGACAGCUCUUAUUAAUUAGAGCUUUUGACACAACAUGUGGACGACGAUGCUAAUGUGGACGGUCGCCGUUGUGCUUUUACCGUCACCUCCUACAGUGCAUGCUUCAGGGGUGUUUGAGUUAAGACUAAAAUCAUUUGUCAAUCAGUAUGGAAAGGAUAACACUGGAAAAUGCUGCUCAGGAAGCACAUCGACGAAUAACGAAUGUAUUGGUACAUGCCAGACGAGAUUCAGGGUAUGUCUGAAGCAAUACCAGGCAAAAAUCGACACGACGACGCCAUGCACGUACGGUGACGUCGUGACGCCUGUAUUGGGCGGCAAUGUCGUAAAUCUCAGUCCUGAUGUCUCGAUGCCAAGUUUUACCAACCCCAUCAGAUUUCCAUUCGACUUUUCGUGGCCGGGAACAUUCUCUCUUAUAGUCGAGGCAUACCAUGAUACGGAUAAUACAACUAAUCAUUCUUCCGAAAAAGUUCUCAUAACGAGGUUGACGACCCAGCGAUGGCUUGACGUCGGGACAGAAUGGACCGAGGAUGAGCACAGUAGCGCACAUGCGCGAAUGGUGUACGAAUACAGGGCGACCUGCAGUGCACACUACUAUGGCAAGGGCUGUGAAAAUCUCUGUAGGCCACGCGACGACAGCUUUGGACAUUACAGCUGUAGUCCAAUUGGCGAGCGAGUUUGCCUGUCCGGAUGGAAGGGCGAUUACUGCAACACCCCACGCUGCCUGCCCGGAUGUAACGAACAAUAUGGACACUGUAAUCAGCCCAACGAAUGCACGUGUAGUCCAGGAUGGCAUGGUCCGUAUUGUGAUGAAUGUGUAAGGUAUCCAGGUUGUCUGCAUGGUACUUGCCAACAGCCAUGGAAGUGCGACUGCAAGGAAGGAUGGGGUGGAUUAUUCUGUAACCAAGAUCUAAACUACUGUACAAAUCAUAAGCCUUGUCUAAAUGGUGGCACCUGCUUUAAUACCGGGCAAGGUUCUUACACCUGCUCUUGUGCGCCUGGAUUCACAGGGACUGACUGUGAAACAUCACUAUCUGACUGUCACUCAAACCCAUGUCUAAACGGUGGAAUUUGCAGUAUGGUAAACAAUGCAACAAGAACUAGUAUUGGAUCAUCAUUAUCUAAAUCAAAUUUACCAUCUAUUGAAAAAGUAACAACAGCUUAUCAGUGCACGUGUCCAGGGUUAUGGCGUGGACGACACUGUGAAAUAAGUUUACGGUCAUGUAAAGAAUCACCCUGUAAACAUGGUGGUAGUUGUAUUGACGAUUCAUCAAAAGGAUACUUGUGUAAAUGUCCAUCGGGUUACACUGGUGCAGAUUGCGAUACUAAAAUAAAUCAAUGUACUCCAAAUCCUUGUGUUAAUGGUGGAACCUGUACUGAUAUGAUAAAUAAUUAUCAAUGUACAUGUCCUACUGGGUUUACGGGUAAAAAUUGUCAAGUAAAUGUUGAUGAUUGUCAGGGUGAUCCAUGCCUAAACGGUGGUACUUGCAUUGAUAUGGUUAAUCGAUUUCGGUGUCAAUGUGUACCAGGUUUUGUUGGACUUUUAUGCCAAGAUAAAGUCGAUUAUUGUUUAGCAAAACCAUGCGCAAAUGGUGGUAAAUGUAUUUCUGGUACAAAUGAUUAUAAAUGUGCUUGUAAACCUGGUUUUACUGGCAAAGAUUGUAGUGUUGAUGUUGAUGAGUGCAAAAGUGCACCUUGUCGUAAUGGAGGAAUAUGCGAAAAUCGAGUUAAUGGAUUUUUCUGUGGCUGUAAAAAAGGAUGGCGUGGUGAUACAUGCAGUGAUCCAGAUAAUGGUAUUAUUAUACCUCGACCAUCAACAUCUCUAAAUAUUCAUAAUAUUAAUAAUGAUAAUAAUAAUAAUAAUCAUAAUAAUAAUAACAAUAAUAAUAGAGCAGCUAGUGGUAUUGCAAGUACAGGUAUAUCUCCACCUUCAGGAGCAAGCUAUUGGUCUGGAAAUCUUUCAAGACCAUCUGCAGAAGCUAGAGACGCUGGAUUAACAACUGAACACGUUGUUGUAAUAGCAACAUUAUCUACAGCAGUACCAGCAUUUGUAUUAGUUGCAGCACUUGCUGUUAUGUGUAUGAAAAGACGUCAAAAAAGAGAACAAGCCCGAGCAGAUGAAGAAGCAAGACUUGAAAAUGAAAGAAAUGCUGUACACAGUAGUUUAAGUAAACGUUCUGGUGGUAAUUCAAAUUCGGGAGUUAAUAUGAUUGGUGGACAUCAACAAGGACUUUUGGGUAUGGGAGGAAUAAAUCCUGGAGGAAUACCAAAUGGACACAGUUCAAGGAGUUCAAUUAGUAUAAAUGGUGGUGGCAGCAGUGUUUGUUCACUUGGAGCUGGUGAUUCACACAUGAUUAAAAAUACUUGGACAGCAAGUAAAACCGUAAAUAAUGCAAAUAUCACACGAGAUGAUCUCGAUUCGUCAUUUCAAACAGACAGUGGCCUCGAUAUAUCGUGUGGUGGAUACAAACCUGAACAAAUAAUAUCUUCAGAUGCCGGCAGAUCGAGGACACCUAAACAACUAAAUACUGAAGCAGCGGCUCAUCGUGCAUCUCAUCACUUUCAAAAAGAUAAAGACAUUAGUGUUGUAAGUGUUGGUGUAUUAGAGGGUAAGAGGACGUCCAUGUUCUCAAGUAGUACGUCGGACUCUUGUUGCAACGCCGCUGAAGCGGCAUUACUCAAGAGGCCAACGAUAACAGACAGUGUCAGUAGUGCUGGUAGUAAUGGUGGUGGAGGAGGAGGAGGUGGAGGUGGUGGUGUUUGUGGUGGUGCUUCCGAUAGUAGUUGCGGUGUUUACGUUAUAGAUGAUCAUUAUAGACAUGACGCGACACUUGCAGCAACCCUCGCUACCGAAGUUUAGUCGACUUAAAAUAUUUAGUUACUACAACCAAGUGUUGAAUGUUAAACUUGGCCAAAUCACAGAGACUUUUAAUUUAAUUAUUAUUAUUAUUAUUUUUCUGUCAUUAAUAAUCUGUAGUAGAUCUCAUUCUGAAAUAAUUAUUUUUUUUAGCACGCUAACUCAGCGAAAGAUAUAACUGGAUUAUAUCAUGUGUUUAUUUGAUAAAAGUAUACAUACACAUAUAAUAGCAAGAAUGAGAUUUAAGAAUUAGUGACAUUAAAGAAUAAAUAAGUGAGAAAUGAUGUCUUGUUGGUAGUUAUCAAGCGUCAUCGUAUUUAAAUAUACCACCUUACGUAUUUUAUAAUAUUAAUAUGAAUAUGAUAGAACGUUUAGUUAUCAACAACAAUAAUAAUUUUGUACAUAAUUAAUUAUUUAUUACAAUUAUUGUUAUUAUUAAUAUAAUAUUAUAACUUGAUAAACUUUAUCGAUGUUACUGCACGUAAUGUCGAUAUUAUUAUUAUUAUUAUUAUUAUUAUUAUUAUUAUUAUUACUGUUCCAGUAAUUUACGUUGCGUGAGUGAUAUUAUGAUGAUAAUGGUAAUAGUAAUAAUUAUAAUAAUAAUAAUAAUGAAUGUACUUGUAUAUUCAAAAUAAUUUAUGUAAAUAUUUUAAAUUUAGUGUUUUGUAAAAAAUAAUUGUUCAGAUUGAUUAUUUAUUUGUGACUCUAGCUAUAUGGCAUGACAUUUGAUAAAUAUAUAUUUAUAUUGUGGGUUUUAAAUUUUGAGUUUACUGCAAUAGUUGCAGCUGGUGACAAAAGUAAAUUUUGAUUAUAAAAAUAUAUAUUUAUAUUUAUACAUUUGUCGUCUGCGGUAGAAUGAUAAAAGAAAAUAAUCGAAUCCGCGGGUAGAUUUUCGAGUGCAUGAAUGCUUGCAGACUCACUAUGACUAGUUGGUUGGAAGCGUGUAUGCCGUUGAUAUGUUGUUGUAGUCGACAGACGCGCGAUGAUUCCAGCCAACUUUAAAACACUUUUUUUCUAGCCUCCAACAUCGUUCGUGAUUUAACUUUCAAGAACUUUGGAUGGCGGCAAAGACGUCUGGUCGUUUCCAAAAAUAAUUCGUGUAUAGAGAAAGAAGAAUGACGGCAAAGCCCCUUCUUCUUCUUCUUCUUCUUCUUUAUCUUUAUCUUGUUCUUCUUCUCUCAGUAUCUCAGAUGUAACUUUCAUCUGUGAGAAUUCAAAACUUGUUAGAAUAUUAGGGGACGUUGAGCCAUACUCGGAAUAAUCUUAUUGCCGCUAACUAUUUUCAGUUGACUAAAUUUCAAUUUCAUUAACACAACAAUAUAUAUACAUAUACUGAUUGAGAAAAAUGAUAAUAUAUGUAAUAAUGGAUGUACAUUAUGUAAUUUCAACAGGGCAUUUAUUAUUUGGCAUUUGCUACAUCGAGAUUGUUUAAAACUUUUAUUUAUUUAUUAUUAUUUUUUUUUUUUCAUUUCAUUUUUCCUUGAUUAUAUAAAGUGUUUUUUUUUAUAUUAAUUUACAAAAAAUAAAAAUAGAAUUAUUUAUAAUAACUAAAGUAAUGAUAAUAAUAAUUGUAGAAAGCACUCUCGGUAUAGCUUGCUAUAAUGUGACAUUUAUACAUAUUGUAUUGUAUUUGUAUUUUGUUUAAAGCAACCAUAUUAUACAUAAUAUGAUCAUGAUAUUAUUUAUUUAUUAAAUGUGAUUUCUGAAUGGAUGAUAAUGCUGACAACAAUAUUAUUAUUUAUAAUAAUAAUACGAAUAGUAAAUAUGACGAUAAAUAUAAUAAAUUAAAAUUUAAAACCUAAUGAAGACAAAGAAUCUAUAUUGUUUUUGUUGAUGAAAAAAAAAAACAAAAAAAAAAAAAAAUGAGAAAGAAAUAAAUGAAUGCAAUGAGCUAUGAGACGAGUUUAAAAAAUCUUUAAAUUCCCAGAUGAUCAAUUUGUUUAAUAUACAGCAAAACCAAAAAGUUUGAACUUUAAAAUACGAAUAAAUAGAAUUUUUUUUUUUUUUUUAUUUUUUUUUAUUUGUACUUAUUAGACUUUUGAAUCUAUUGUAUGUAAUUGUAAUUAUUGUAUAAGACAUCUUGGAAUUUUGUUAUUUUUUAAACAACUUGUAACAAACUGCGUGCCGUGAUACUAUUUGUGAGUACAUAUUUAUUUGUUACUUGCAAGUAAUUUUUUAAAAACUUAAAUUUACCUCUUUCCAUUCAGUCGUAAUUCGUAUAUAUAUAUAUAUAUGUUUAAUUUAAUUGAUUAAUUGCGAUAAUGGUAUGAUACGUCCGUAAUAUGUACGUUAAAUAUGUAAGUAUGUGUGAAUGAAUCUGACGAGAAGAUGCGAAAUAAAUAAUUAAAAAAUAAAAAUAAAAAUAAAAAAACGUAAUAACGUUGAUCUACCGUAAAGACUUUUUUUUAGAUUAUAAACAUUAAUUUGUAUAAAAUAACUUAAAAUUAAUCAGGAAAUGUGUAUAUUUGUAGUACAACUGUAUAAUUUAUAUUUAUAACUAAUUAUAUUAUAAUAUAAUAUUGUAAUUGCUUAAUUUGUCAUUGUAAUAAUAAUAAUAAUUAUUAAAAACAAAUUGUCAUUAUAAUUAAUUAUCAUACAAUAGUAAUAUUAUUAUUAUUAAUAUAAAAUUAUCAUAUUGUGUAAAUAACUGAAUUGUCAAUAUAGAAUGUCAUAAGAUUUAA